AUGACUCCGACCAAUAUGCCCCAGCUCAAGAAGGCCCUUGGCAAGCGGGGACGGGCUCCAGUGAGCUUUGAUAAAAACCACGAGUUCCUACUACGCUGUAUUACUCAGUCAGCUGUUCGAAUUGACUACGCUGCCGUUGCCGAGUGUGAGGGAAUCUCGGUGAAACAGGCCCAAUGGCGGUUUUAUAGGCUCAAGACGCAAAUAAGUAGCCAGGAAAAUGCUACUGAUGAUGCAGACACAGAGGCCAAGAAGCAGGGUCGGGGACAGAAGGACAACAAGGAUAACAAGGAUGGAAGCGAUGCUAAGCAGAACAACUAA